UCAAAUAUGCAAGAAAAAAUAUUAGAUAAAUUAAUAAAUAAUCAAACCAUUAUUGAUUAUACAGAAUGUAAUUAUGAAGAAUUCUUAACCCCCAUGGAAAGUGAUGAAGAGUUGGAAAAAAUGGAAGAUAAAAUAAAAACUGAUUUGGCUUACAGAAAAACUGUGGUCACAGAAUUAUCAAGAUUAAUGGGACAAAAUUUGUCAGAAACAAUUAGAAAAAUAAUGAAAAAGUUAUUCAAUGAUAAUUUGCUUACAUUCUACUCUUAUAUUGGUUUUAAAGGGAAAAACAAUUUUCAACUCUACAAACUUGUGCAGUUAUAUUCGUGUUUUUAGAAUCCAUAAGAAGAAUGAAAAAAAUUACUGAUAUAACAAAUAUGAAAUCGAAAAACCUCUGAAGACAUGGAUGGCACAACUUCUGAUCGCCUUAAAAAAAUUGAUGAAAAAAAAUCUUCAUGAUAAUGUUAUUGUUGG